ACGGAGGGGGAAGAGUCCGAGUGGGUGCACUGCUCGAGCAGCCGGAAGGAUUUACAGACGGACGGCAGCUGCUUCCGUUUCCAUUGCCAUGGCGGCCAGGCUUGUGAAUUUGGCCUGCGCUGGACUGCGAAGAAACGUCCGAAACUUAGCCUUUGGCUGGAGCACUUCAGUAUCACAAGCCAGGUUCGAGGGAUCCACUCCUGAGACUCGUCCUACUGUCCGGCCAAGGAAUGAACUGCAGCACAACCAACUAUCCCAAUUUGGUGAAUAUGUUGCUGAAAUUCUUCCCAAAUAUAUCCAACAAGCGCAGGUGACCUGUUACAAUGAAUUGGAGCUUCUUAUCCAUCCAGAUGGUAUAAUACCUGUGCUGACAUUCCUGCGAGAUCAUACCAAUGCUCAAUUUAAGUCACUUGCUGAUGAAACGGCCGUGGAUGUCCCUACCCGUCCAUUUAGAUUUGAGAUUGUAUACAACCUGCUUUCUCUGCAGUUUAACUCUCGUAUUCGUGUGAAGACUUACACUGAUGAAUUGACGCCUCUGGAUUCCUUAGUACCUGUGUUUCAAGCUGCAAACUGGUAUGAGAGAGAGAUUUGGGAUAUGUAUGGUGUAUUCUUUGCUAACCACCCAGACCUAAGAAGAAUACUCACAGACUAUGGAUUCGAAGGCCAUCCUUUCCGCAAAGACUUUCCACUGUCUGGCUAUGUGGAGGUACGUUAUGAUGACGAGGUGAAACGUGUGGUUGCUGAGCCUAUUGAACUUGCCCAGGAAUUCCGAAAAUUUGACCUCAAUAGCCCAUGGGAAGUUUUCCCAGCACACCGUAAGCCAGCUGAGGUACCAAAACUUGAUGCAGGAGAAACAAAACCCGAAACUAAGUGAACAGAGACAGCUACAUCUUUGGGAAAGCUCUGAGCAAUAUCACUUUUCAUGUGGACCUAAGUAGCUGAUUUUCUGUAAUGCCUAAAGGUUUAUCUGAUAUUUAUGUAAAUAAAUUACAUGUACAAGUUAGCUCUGCUGUAGUUUUAAUUGUAUUUCAGUUCUUAACUUCUUAUGUGCCACAAAAGGAUACUUUUAACUUGGAAAUCUAACUGACAGUGAGAUAUUCUUUUGAUUUUGUCAUGAAGCUUUGCUUGAUUUCUUCUGUUUUCAAAUGUUCCUUUAACAUGGGCAUUGGAUUUUGUAGUUCUUUGAUGGACUGAGGUUAGUAAAUCUAUAGAGCAGCGUUUCUGAACUAGGAUUCUGCGAGAGAUCAUGAUUUAAGAAAAAAAUUAACAUCAUUUUUUGAACUUUGGGUGAUUUUAGCCCUCUCAGCGGUGUGCAGAGGCAGAGCAGCCCCAUUUGCAAUCUCGGUAGAGGUCAUUCAGCAUAGUAUGGCAGUGCACUGUACUCAGUUUUGACGUGGGAUGUUGAUAAUUGGUGAGCACUGUAUUGCACAGAGGGGAGGACAGUAUGCUGAUGAGAGGCGUAAAGUGCGUUUUCUGAGCAUUGCAUGAACUCGCCCAACUUGGGCUAUGACAUCAACCUCUCCAUCCUGAAUUAUGUCCUCCAACUUCCUCUUGCACGCUGCUGACUGCCUUAUGGAAGCAAAUAAACUCUACCAGUGUGGUAGAAAACUAGAGGGAAAUUUCAUUGUAAAGAAGGAAUUUCUAUGCACCAUGACUGCUGCUGGCCUGAUGCUUUGCUGUUGUUGUAAACAUUGCAAAAGGUGGAUUGUGUAGGUUAGAAGUGAAUUACAUUAUGAAGUUUU